GUGGUAAAGAUUUUACAUAUACCAAUUAUCUUUACAGACCUGAAAGAAGUCAUACUGAAGAGAAACCCUAUGAAGAUAUGAAGUGUGGUGAAGCCUUUGCACGUCGCAGUAGUCUCCGAGCACAUGAGAGGACGCACACUGGAGAGAAACCCUAUGGAUGCAAUCAGUGUGAUAAAGCCUUUGCGUGUCACAGCAGUCUUCACAUACAUGAAAGGACGCACACUGGAGAGAAACCCUAUGGAUGCAAUCAGUGUGGUAAAGCCUUUGCGUGUCACAGCAGUCUUCACAUACAUGAAAGGACGCACACUGGAGAGAAACCCUAUGGAUGCAAUCAGUGUGGUAAAGCCUUUGCGUAUCACAGCAGUCUUCACAUACAUGAAAGGACGCACACUGGAGAGAAACCCUAUAGAUGCAAUCAGUGUGAUAAAGACUUUGCGUAUCACAGCAGUCUUCAAAUACAUGAAAGGACACACACUGGAGAGAAACUCUACAAAUGUAUUCAAUGUGGCAAAGCUUUUUCAGAUCAGAACACUCUACAAAGACAUAAAAGAACCCACUCGGAAGAGAAACCUUAUGGAUGCAAUCAGUGUGAUAAAGCCUUUGCGUAUCACAGUAGUCUUCGAAGACAUGAAAGGACACACACUGGAGAGAAACCUUACAAAUGUAAUCAGUGUGGUAAAGCCUUUGCGUAUCACAGCAGUCUUCACAUACAUGAAAGAACACAUACUAGAGAGAAGCCCUACAAAUGUAAUCAGUGUAGUAAAGCCUUUGCGAGUCAGAGUCAUCUUAAAAGACAUGAAAGGACGCACACUGGAGAGAAACCCUAUGGAUCCCAUCAGUGUGGUGAAGCCUUUUCAGUCCAGGACACUCUCCGAGUGCAUGAAAGGACGCACACUGGAGAGAAGCCCUUUGAAUGUAACCAGUGCGGUAAAACCUUUAAACUACACAGUCAACUUCGAGUACACAAAAGACUACACACUGGAGAGAAACCCCAUGAAUGUGAUCAGUGUG